UAGGUAAGCUCCCAUGGGAUUGCACAACACACACAAAUUUCACCUUCUGUCUCACUCUCUCAACAUAACAUAUAACAACAACCUGCAUCACCUAAAGCUCAUUCAUUCACACAUCCCCACAACCUUCAUCUCUCUCUCUCUAUCUCUCUCUCUCUCUCACACACACACAGUGUAACCUUCAACAUAGAAAACACCAUUUCCAUUAAAAAAUAGAAAAAGAGAAAACAGAGCAGAAGCUUGGAAAGAUGGUGAGCGAGCAGAAAACACCAGAGGAGGCCCUACAGGACUCAAAGGUGGUAGCUAUAGAGAACAGUGGUACAAUAAGCGGCUCCCUCGUCGGAGCCGCCGCUGAGAUUCGCCGGCGCCGGAGGGCAGAGGCGAUACAGUUGUCCCUGAGGGCGCUCUGCAUGGCCACCUCUGUGGUUUCUCUCUCGUUAAUGGUGACAGCUAAGCAAGCUAGCUCAGUUUCCAUCUAUGGCUUUCGCUUACCUGUUCACUCCAAAUGGUCCUUCUCUGAGUCUUACGAAUAUCUUGUUGGGGUUUCUGCUGCAGUUGCGGCUCACUCCUUCCUGCAACUACUCAUUGGCUCAUCAAGAUUUCUCAGGAUGUCUUCUUUGAUUCCUUCCAGAAAUCAUGCAUGGCUUAUUUUUGCUGGGGAUCAGGUAUUUGCUUAUGCAUUGAUGAGUGCUGGAUCGGCUUCAUCUGGAGUGACCAACCUGAAUCGCACAGGAAUUAGACACACAGCACUGCCAAAUUUUUGCAAACCUUUGCACAAGUUCUGUGACCAUGUUGCCAUAUCAAUAGUCUUCACUUUCAUCAGUUGUUUUUUGCUUGCCACGUCAGCUGUCCAAGACAUAAUAUGGCUCUCCCAACACUGAAUUGCUUAAUUUUCCUAAAAAAUUGUGACAUAUUAAAUCAUGUGAAACUAUAUUUUCCAUAUAUAUACAAUGAACCCUAUCCUAUAACCACCACUCCUUAAUACAUCUUUUGUUGUAAGAUGCUCUUUCUGGUAAUGUUAUUAUGAAAGCCUUGUAUCCUCUUGUUCAAUGAUCCACCUUGGUGAAGGCUUGUGAUCUGUGAAUGUAUAAGUAUAUAUAUGGCAAUGGCAAUACGAUUGUUAUAUGAACAAUCUUUGUCUUAUUAUAAGUAUGUCCUUAGGACAAUAAUCUGAAGUGCAGGAAGGUUUAAUAACAUUUUCCAUAAUCCAUCUAUUGCAAUUGGAAUAUUAGAAAUGAUAUUUCUUCGUUCUGUUCCUAUA